CUAAUGAUAUACACAGUGUGUCCCCAGUUUACGUAUUCAUACGCGUAGUAGGAGUGUUGCUGACAUGUACGUCUUUGAUGUUCGAGCAGUUGCUCUAUGCUUUGUGCUAGCAACUAUUAUUCAGUGGAAUUGUGUAACUGUUCAAAGUGAAUCCGUAUGUCCACAACGUACAGACAACAAGGCGGUCAUGGUCGGUACUUUACCUCAGACGUGUGAUGCAUCGAAUGGUGGUGACCUGUACUAUUCGCCGUCCACCAACCGUCUCACACUGUGUGAUGGUUCAUCGUGGAUACAUUUUGGAAUGUCGGUAAAGUCUGAGCUUGGCAGCUACGACAAUCCGAUCGUGUCUUGCUCUGUUCUACGAGGAAAGACGUCGACCGCACAAAGUGGAACAUAUUGGCUGAAACCACCGACAAGCAAACAUUCCAAACCGUUUCAGAUUUAUUGUGAUUUUGAUUUGCGUCCCAAUGGUUGUGCUCUCGUGUGGAAACAUUCUUACUAUCAAGUUACACCAAACAACAACACGCGGACGUUCAGUACAUUCAACAAGCCAUGCAUUGAUCUCUCUGAUGGUUGGUGUAAUGUAGCCAAUAAGAACACAAUAGAAGGAUCAGAGCAAGUGACAGCGGCCUAUCAUCACGGAACUGUCGUCUACGCCUACAGAGGUGAUCGCAACCCUCAACUGGGGAAGGCAUCGCAAUGGCGAGGUGCUAUUCUCAACAAUCCAAUCAAAAUAACAGACCAUUGUACAAGAAACAACGGCGUCGCACCGGAGCCAGAAGUUGGAGGCCACGCCAUACCAGGAAUAACGUUUGACAAGGCAAAUCCUGGCGAAUACACGCUCAACUGUGACACCGAUCGCUAUGCGUGGUCACCACCUAAGGACUGCCGUUGGCUAAACUGCAAUCUACCCGCUCAUAUAUCAACGACUACAUCCCUGACACAAAUGACUGUCGCCAUCUACCUGUGUUGAUUGACGUGAAAGACACUUCAAAGGUGUAAACUAAACAGACUCAUUUUGUCAUAAUUGCACUUGUCGUUUGUGUAGCUGUGCUUGCUUUAAGUUCUCUAUAUUGACAACAUAGGAACCGCAAGCAAAUAUAUCACUGCAGUCAAAUUUCAGCUUGGCCUGAUCAAUUGCAAAACGAUACUAAUACAUCCAGAAACACUUGGCGCAUAUUUGAUAAUGAUAUUGAAAGAGCUGCACUUCUAACAUUUGAUCUCAAAUUUUGGUGUGCUUAUCAAACGCGUAGUGCAAACAAAGAAGAAUUGUAAAGACAUGCCUCAUUGUUGCAAUAUAUUUAAUUAACUUAAAGUUGUUGAGAAAAUUGUCCUUAGUGACGUUCAAUUUACGAUACCGUAGACUAUUAUAGGGUAGCCAGAUAAAUAUUAAUCACGGUAAUACAAACAGUAGAGUACUCACACUGUAUAGGUAAUAAAAAUGUAUUAGUUAUAUUUUAUGACGGUUUU